GAGAGCUAAGAGUACUUUUCACAGUCAGGUUUAUCUUUGUGUAUUUGUCAUUUUAUUUUGUAUUUUUGGAGCAGAAAACCAUGUGCUGGGCCAUUGUCCCCUGCUCCCAUGUCAACUAAUGGUCAUGUUCAAUCAACAAUAGCAGGAAUUAUGGGUAAUUAUUGUAAGAACAACUUCAAACCCUGAUUUAAUAAUCCAAAAAAUGUUUCCAAUAGUGCAAGUAGACUUUGACAAAAUACUUCUUCUCUAGUGAGAUUAAAAUUAUGUUUUGAUAUAAACAAAACAUUUAAAAAACAAAGACCAACAAACUAAGACGAACUCGUCAAUUCUCUCGUAUAGACAUUCGAUUAUAUGAUAUUGUCAAGGUUAAUGAUUAAUCGAUUCUUUAAUAGUCCGGUGAUUUCGUUUUUAUUAUAAAUGGGCGGUGCGUUUAUACAAUCCCGCCCUCUGUGACGUCACAGACUCUAAUCCACCUCGGUCUCUCCCUGAGUCCUCCGCUCAGAAGGCAGCGAGUCCUUAGAGAAGGAUCAUCUUCAUUUACUCCUCCUUUCUCUUCUCACCGUAAAAACUUGUUUCCUCUUCUUUUGUUUCCGCUCACUUCAAAUAUAAUUUUGAAGUGUUAUAUUGUGUAAGGGGCAAAUGACUCAAGGAAAAAGCGAGAAGAGCAUGAAGAAGUGACGAUUGGACGCAUCUUCACCCCAUUAUUCUGAGGGUUCUGGCUUCCACCCAACGAGAGGUCAGUCUCAAUUAAGAUGAAAAACUUCAAGUGAGCGAGCGACCAGCACCAGCCAUGGCUGCACAUCGAAUCGUUAAAGUAACCAACAACAACCACAUCCUGCCUCGUUGUAAGUCCGAGGGGACUCUCAUCGAGCUCGGUGAGGUUGGCACUGGAGCCACCCUCAAUGAUGUCAAAGUGCCUUCUCCUAGUGCCUUAAGGUUGGACACUUCCUUCUCCUAUGGAACGGCACAGGAAGUUGUUGCCAUAAAGGAUUAUUGCCCCAGCAGCUUCACCACCCUUAAGUUUUCCAAAGGUGACCACCUGUAUGUUUUGGACACAUCAGGGGGAGAGUGGUGGUACGCCCACAACAACACAGAGAUGGGCUACAUCCCAGCUGCCUACGUUCAACCAAUCAACUUUAGAAACUCUUCACUAAGCGACAGUGGAAUGAUUGACAGUCUUGGAGAGGGGUACGAGGAUGGCUCAAAGGAAUUUGGGGGUUUAGGAGAGUGGACAGGAAGGACGUCACUGAUUCACAACAACAACCCUUUUAGCUGCACAUCACAACAAACCUUCAAAGACAUUGGACUAAGGAACUCAACAGAUCCUAAUCUGUUUGACGCUGUGGCAUCGCCAUCCUCUUUCUCCGCCUUUAACACCAGCACAGUCAGUGGCUUCAGCAGCUGCCAUGUUAACAGCACCAUCCCCACCAGCCCAAACCAGUGUGGAGCCAACCUCCACAGGGAUAAUCCCUUUUUCAGGAGUAAACGUUCUCACAGUCUGUCCGAACUGUCUGUUCUUCAGGCACAAUCCAAUCCAACAUUACCGUCUUCUGGAUUUUUCACAGGUCUGAAGGCUCCCUCCCCAGAGCAGUUUCAAAGUAGGGAGGAUUUUAGGGCUGCUUGGUUAAACCACAGGAAGCUUGCUAGGUCUUGUCAUGACCUCCACUCUUUGGGCCAAAGUCCUGGGUGGGGCCAGACACAGCCAAUAGAGACUAACAUUGUGUGCAUGUUGGACACUAAUGGGGGAGUUGUUCAACUUCCAGACACCAAUAUCAAUGUACACAUUCCUGAGGGUCAUGUUAGCCAGGGAGACCACCAGCAGAUCUCCUUGAAAGCCCUACUAGACCCUCCACUGGAACUCAACACUGAUCACUGCUCCUCCGUUAGCCCUAUUGUGGAGAUUAAGCUUAGCAACAUGGAAACAAAGUCUUUCAUCACGCUGGAGAUGAAGGUUUCAGUGACAGUGAAGAAAGACAGUUGUACUAAUACUGCACUGCUCUGUGUUCGUAGUGACUGUAAAGAAGGCCCUUACAUGCCAAUGCCUAAUGCUUACAUCUAUAAAGAUACAGUCCAAGUUCAGUUGGACAACCUGGAGCCCUGCAUGUAUUUGGCUGUUGUGGUCCAGUCACGGUACCUCAGCCAUAACACAUCAGUUUGGGAUCAUGUGCAAAGAAAAGUCACUCUGGGUGUGUAUGGACCCAAGCACAUCCACCCUUCUUUCAAGACAGUCGUAGCUAUGUUUGGGCAUGACUGCGCACCUAAGACCUUGCUGGUAGGUGAAGCGGGACGACAGGUCACUUCAAAUCCACCAGUGGCCCUCCAGCUAUGGGGGAAGCAUCAGUUUUUACUGGGAUACCCUCAGGACCUCCAGGUGGGAUUGUACUCCAACAUGUCCAACUACCAGGUAAAGGUAAACGAAGGUGCUGGGAUGAUCCGGGGAUUUCAGGUUAAACUGGGUAAGGUCAGCAGGCUGUUGUACAUGAUAACAUCGCUCACCCCCAACAACAUCUCAGAUUUUACCCUCAGGGUUCAAGUCAAAGACGCCCUCGACUGCAUUAUCACCCAGUUCUGUGUCCAAACACCACAGCCUCCUCCAAAAACAGGUUCAAGGACUACCGGUCAGAGAAGGUUCUUGAAAAAAAAGGAGGUGGAUAAGAUUGUCCUGUCACCUCUCGCUGUCACAUCCAAGUUCCCAAAGUUUCAGGACCGCUGCAUAACUAACCUGAAAUUUGGAAAGUUGAUCAAAACGGUGAUCAGGCAGCACAAAAGCACCUAUUUGUUGGAGUACAAAAAAGGGGACAUUAUUGCACUGCUGAGCGAGGAGAAGAUCAAACUGCGAGGGCAGCUGAGGACCAAGGAAUGGUACAUUGGAUAUUACCAGGGAAAACUGGGCCUUGUUCACGCCAAGAAUGUUUUGGUCCUAGGUAAAGUCAAGCCCAUUUAUUGGUGUGGGCCAGACCUGACCACCACUAUGCUGUUGGAGCAAAUCCUGAAGCCUUGCAAAUUUCUCACAUACAUCUACGCAACUGUGAGGACUGUUUUGAUGGAGAACGUAGGAAACUGGAGGGCGUUUGCAGAAGCCCUUGGGUUCGGUAAUGUGUCAUUGGAUUAUUUUUGCCGGACAGAACUGGACAAUGAACCAGAAAAGGUUGCGUCAGUGCUGGAAAAACUCAAGGAGGAGUGUACGAAUGGUGAGAACAAGGACAGGAAAUCCUUCCAGAGGGAACUAAUGAUGGCUCUGUUAAAAAUGGACUGUCAGGGCCUGGUGGCCAGGUUGGUGCUGGACUUUGUCUUGUUGACCACAGCGGUGGAGGUGGCGUCCAGAUGGAGGGAGUUGGCCGAGAAACUGGCCAGAGUGUCCCGGCAACAGAUGGAGGCCUAUGAGGCUCCUCACAGGGACAGAAAUGGACAACUGGACAGUGAGUCAAUGUGGAAGCCCGCCUAUGACUUCCUCCUGACGUGGGCAGCACACAUCGGUGACAGUUACCGUGACAUCAUCCAGGAGCUCCACCUAGGCCUGGACAGGAUGAGGAGCCCCAUCACCAAGAGGUGGAAGCACCUGACAGGCACGCUCAUCCUAGUCAACUGCCUGGAAACGCUGCGCAGCGCCGCCUUCUGUCCCACUGGAUAUGGAGACUUCGCUGUCUGAUUCCAUUCAGUUACAAAUGAGCUGUUUAUUUUUAGACUGCAUGAACAUUUUUAGUCUUCGACAUUUGGAAGAAGAAGUCACAGAAGUAGAAACACGUUGGGACGAAUUCCCCGUUUAGUCAAGUUUGCCAACAGUGGCCCAUCUUUGGUACACAAAAUGUUGGUUAAUAGCUAAGAUUGGACUUGCACUCAUUAACCAGAGCUACUCCUGUACUGGCUAACAAUCACAAUUAGCCCUAAACAACGCCUGGAAUACUUCAUAUUUACUGGCCCAUAUCUGGUACUCACUGUAUAGAGAAGCCAAAUACACACCAACCAUACCACAUUUGUUAAUCAGAAUAUGAGCCGCAUCUCAAGCAAAUCGACUCCAUUGAUGGUCAGACAAACUUGCCUUCUUCAUCUUCCCAUAUGGCACAAUUAUCCAGUCAGAGUCCAGGCUAAUUCAGUUGGUCCACUGUAUGACAGGAAAGGACCAGCUGUGGUAGAAUACACUGGUAUUCUGUACUGGCUGCUACAGGUGGGUCAAAUGAAGAAGGGUUCCCAGAACUUUGCUAAAAGCACUUGCUCAAAAACAAUGACUUAACAGUUUUGUUUAAGUUUGGCUGAAAUGAGUUGUGGGUACAAAACCCCAUCGAUUCAUUGUCCAUGCCUUGGUCAUAUCAACAGUACUUGGGAAAGUAAAAACAUUGCAACCAAAUCAAAGAAAAUCACCCGUUAGAGACACUUUUUUCUACCUCAGCGUUCUAACAACCAUGGACCACGUUCAUUAAUUCUUUUCUUUCUCCUCCCUCUUUAAUUGUUUCACUACAGACCUGCGGUUACUUAAAGCCUGUCCACUUAGUCACCAUCCUUUCUUCCCCGUUGAUCUCAGGACAGUCUUAACGUCUUAACUUCCUGUCUUUAUCUGAUCGUAUCAUAAUCACGACAGACAUUCUCAUACAGAGGUUUGCCAAAAAGUUGUAUUUUUAAAGAUUUCUACAUUUGCAAAAUGGCACAAGUGGUGUGCUGUGAACAGUGUUAUUGUUACCCUGUGGUCCCAACUCCCAUCUGUGUUUGUUUUUCCUAUCAGUAAAUGUGUCAUUAACAGAUUAAACUCCCUCCAAUGUCAAAGUCUGUGAAAUACUUUGUCAGGAUUAGAAUGUUGGCCAACUGUAAAACAUCAAACAUGGUUGUUUCUGAAGCAUGGACACAGGACAAGGACUGACGAAGACUGAGGGACAGACGUAUAUACAUAGAUAAGUACCCAGGCCACCAGGUGGCACCAGUGAGACUGAUGAACAGGUGAUCACAGGACACAGGUGAGUGUGAUGACACUGAUUGUACAGCAGACAGAAGCAGGGAGGUAAGGGAGACAGACGGACCUCACAGUGCCGUCUUUACUGGGUCACAUUCACAUUCAGAAUGUGGAAUGGUAGUACUUUAUAUAAAAUACUAAUAUUUUCACUCCAACUGUCAGAUGCAGGCCGAGGUAACUGAGAACUGUCCAGGAUGUUGAUGCUAACAAAAGGUUCUUAAUGUAUCAACCAGUGAAACGCAUUAAUUAUUAAAUGCACUUUGUUUGGUGGUGCAUUAGCCAAACCUCACGUCCACACCAUCUGUCUUCUGUGGGAUUUUGCAGAAAUAAAAUGGCAUAAAUCAUGUAAUAUUUUCCCAUCAAAUUUUAAAGGUCAAACUCCUUAUGUGAGAAGAAAUGUGUCAAAUAUUUUACUACAAAAGUAAUAUAAUAAUAUUAAAGUAAUUUGGGGGAUGGGGUACAUUAAAUACAUAUAUUGUAUUCAAAAGCUGACUAACUGGCAGAAAAAAAGCCAAUAAUUGUAAAUAGACCACAGCCAUGUGUGUACUUAUACACAAAAAGCAAAACAAUAAAACGGUAAAAAAAACAUUCCACAACGACGACACUUAAUCUCGUGUGAUGUCAUUCAUAUAAAACACAACUGAAACUAAAGAAACGUCCGACAAUGAAUGCAGUCAUGAAACCAGGAUGGAACAAUGACUGAUAAAUAAUUAAUGGUAUUAAAUAUGCAGAUCUGAAAUGUGGCCUCUGAGCCAAUAGAUGGCAGCAUAAUCAUAUAUUCACAGCAGGAGAAAUAAUAAUGUCAUAAAUCACAGUAGAUGCAUUUUUACAGCCUAAAACCAACUUGUUAUUUUCUUCCCUGUUUCUCUAAUGUUGACUGUAACUGUUCCACGUCCUGAGGGACUUUUUCACGUUCUACUUUCUGGGUCUCUACCAAGUAGAACACCUGAGUGGUACACAGGUGGAAAAUCAGCGGAAGGUUUAGUUUAGGACUCUAGAUAUAAAUAUGCUUCUCUUUUUUUGAGAAUAUUACACAUUUGGACCAGGUCAGAGGGACGCCAU